AUGGCGUGUAAAGACACAGGGAGUGAAGAUACAGUGCAUGAAGACACAGCGCAUGAAGAUAUAGUGCAUGAAGACACAGUGCAUGAAGACACAGCGCAUGAAGACACAGUGCAUGAAGACACAGUGCACGAAGACACAGUGCAUGAAGACAGAGCACAUGAAGACACAGUGCAUGAAGACACAGCGCAUGAAGACACAGCGCAUGAAGACACAGCGCAUGAAGAUACAGUGCAUGAAGACACAGUGCACGAAGACAGAGCACAUGAAGACACAGUGCAUGAAGACACAGUGCAUGAAGACACAGUGCGUGAAGAUACAGUGCAUGAAGACACAGCGCAUGAAGAUACAGCGCAUGAAGACACAGUGCAUGAAGACACAGCGCAUGAAGACACAGUGCAUGAAGACACAGCGCAUGAAGACACAGCGCAUGAAGACAGAGCACAUGAAGACAUGGCGCAUGAAGACACAGAACACGAAGACACAGUGCAUGAAGACACAGUGCAUGAAUAUAUGGCACAUGAAGACACAGCGCAUAUAGAUAAAGGCUUCAUGUAG